UGUUUGGCGUUUGUUUAGGCAAUGGUCUCAUCGUGUAUACAGUGGUGCACUUCAGGCGAAUGCGAACCCUUUCCAAUGUAUUCUUAGCGAGUCUUGCUUUCGCUGAUCUCUUAUUGAUAUGUGUUUGCGUUCCCGUCAAGUUCGCACAGUUAUUCUCGUAUACGUGGGAAUUGGGAGAAUUUGGCUGUAAAUUCGUUCACUACAUGCAAAACGUCAGCUCUAUUUGCUCGGUGUUUACGCUCACUAUCAUGAGUAUUGAACGAUACUACGCUAUUAUACAUCCCGUCAAAUGCAGAGCCACUUUCAACAUGAAUUACAUGAAAAAGAUAAUUAUAUUCAUUUGGGUCAUGUCUAUACUGCUAGCGGCACCGGUGCUCUACAUUCAGGUUCACAUAGAAGUUGGUUUCAGAGUGAAGGCCUUCUGGUGUGUUAAGGACUGGGGACUGACUAUAUUGUGGCCCAUCUAUGAGUGUUACAUGAUUUUGUUGAUUCUCAUACUACCAUCCCUGGUCAUGGCCUACACAUACACGUGUAUCUGCCAUCAGCUAUGGAUUGUGGUUCAGCAAAGGGCUGGUAUGGUCUGCGGGCGCGACAAC